GGUUGUAUAAUGUGUCUUAACGAUGAUCCAACCAAAGAAGUCAUUUUAGAUAAUAUUAUAUCUGCCCUGAAGACACAGGUUGCAAAUGACACGAUGUCUUUGUUUAACUUGAAAUCGGGAUCAUUACUCAGCAGUUUAUAUCUUUCACUAUUGAAACACUGGAGCAGUUGUCACUAUCAGCAAUGGCAUAAACUGAUUGACUUGGUAUGGACUCUGGAGAAAAUGGUGUUUGGCAGAAAUCAAGUUAUUAAUAGAAUACAAAGCACAUUAUUGGCUGCUAUUUCAGUAUUAUUACAGUAUAACAGAGAUGUUAAAAUUACUCAACAAAUAUCCAACUCAUUGGUUGGCAGACUAUUUCCUCUUGUUUGCCUUGCUAUACAACAAAGUAGUACAUUAUACUGUCAGCAACCAACUGACAUCACAGACCGUCUGGAAGAUCAGAAAAAGAUAUCAAGUCACAACAAGAAACAUACUUUACCUAUUAUUGGUGUAUGUCUCUUGGAUGAAUUGGUCAGUGGUCCUGUUGAUACAUGGUUACCACUGCUGAGACAACAUAGUAUACUUCCAUUACUUAUAACAACAUUACAGUCAUGUAUUGUGAAAAAACAGGGACUAUACUAUGUGGAGGCUGUAAUGAAUCUCUUGUUAAAUCUGUCUCAAAUACAACAGGCAGCAGAAGCUGUCAGUAACUGUGGUUUAACACAGCAUACAUGCAUAACAUUCACUGCUACAUAUCAGAAAAAUACAGAAGGAGAAAUUAAUGGUCAUGUGACAAUAAAGGAGCAAUCAGAGCCGGUGACAUGGUUAAGUGUUUACAGACAAUCUCUGACUUUAAUGGCGUCUAUGCUGGCUACUUUGAAACAUUCAUUUCUGACCGAUGCACUCAAUUUUUUUGGUGUUCAUCAGGAUCGUAUCACACAACGCUACAAAAUAACAACCCGACAACCCAUGAGCUUUCGCCCAUUACGGGUUGGCGGGUCAUUCAUCAUUGUUUAA